AAUCCAAACCCCAUAAUUUCCAUUUCUGGAGUUACAGAAACACUGAAAAUGGCAGCUCUAGCUAAACUAUUAUUAUCCCCAAUUCCACCUCAAAUUUCUCUUCCUUCAAAAUUAUCCUGCAACCACCACCACCAUCUCUGGCCUGAACCAAGACAGGCUCGAACCCCAACAACCAGACCCAAGAGACAAGUGGUUCGAGUGUCCCUUCAAGAACAUGACUCCAUGUUUUUAUUGGCAGAGAGCAUGGGUUACUCUUUGGCUAGUUAUUACACUUCUCUCGGUCUUUUUGUCAUCUCUGUUCCUGGUAUUUGGUCACUCAUCAAGCGUUCUGUUAAAUCAAAGAUUGUGCAGAAGACGUUUAUUGGUGAAGGAGAAGGGAAGAAGGCGCCUAAUCAGGUUGCUGGAGAAAUAUUAUCUUUUUUCACCAGAAAUAAUUUUGUGGUCACUGAUAGAGGAGAGACUGUUACAUUUGAAGGAAUUAUGAUACCGAACCGUGGCCAAGCAGCAUUGCUUACAUUCUGCACAUGUAUAAGCUUAGCUAGUGUUGCACUUGUACUUACUAUAACCCUACCAGAUUUUGGCAAUAACUGGUUCUGGAUCACCAUUUUAAGUCCACUGGCAGGAGCAUAUUACUGGAAGAGGGCGUCGAGAAAAGAGCAGAUCAAAGUUAAAGUGAUGGUUGCAGAUGAUGGGAAGUUGUCGGAGAUUAUAGUUCAAGGAGAUGAUCAGCAAGUAGAACAAAUGAGGAAGGAGCUUCAGCUUAGUGAAAAGGGCAUGGUCUAUGUUAAAGGCAUUUUUGAGAGAUGACAAACUCUAAACUCGGUCUCAUGGAGUUCAAAUCUCCACCAACAGUUCUUACAAAACAAUGUCAAGUGUCAUACAAACACGGGAGAAUUAUAGUUCUAUGCGCCGAAUUGAGUUCACACAAAAAAAUCGGUUCUUAGACUCGUAAAUUUUGACAAGUAGAUGUAACAUGUUUAUUCAUCAUGAUAUGUAAAUUCAAAAUGCAAGCAAUCAUAAUACUUUCAAACAAAAGGUCAUCGCUACAUUUGUAAGUUUGGAUUUAAUUCACACUUGACUAUUUUAAUUAA